AGCUCCGGGCACGGUUCGCGGGAGCAACUUGGCGGCUCGUCCCCGUGGUGCCUGAGCCCGGGCCAGCGCGGCCAUGGCGGGCGGGCGGCCCCGCCACCCCUAGAGCCGCCCGAGCCACCGGAGCCACCGGGAUGAGCGCUCUCGCCUUCGACGACACGGCCCUGGAGGGGCUGGCACCGUCCCUCGGCCUCUCCGGGGCCAACGACAUCGACACGGCCUUGCUCAGCGACAUCGACGACAUGCUGCAGCUGAUCAACACGCCGGACAAUGACUUCUCGGGCUUGUUCGACUCACCGUUCAACGCCCCGGACAGCGCCGUGCCCCCGGGGCUUCCCUCCACGCCGGGCACCCUCAACACCUUCCUGGGUCCCAGCAAGCCGCCCCCCGCCGCCCCCACCGGCAGCGCCUUCGCGGGGCCCCCCGGGAUGGCCACCUUCACCCCGCCGCCCCCGGCCCCGCUCCUGCCAGCACCGUCCCUGGGUGUCAAGGAGGAGCAAUCCGUGGUGCCCAUCAGCCAGCCCCAGCCUGGCGUCAUGCUGGCCCCCAGCUUUGUCCCUGCGUCCCCCAGCCCGUUCGCUCCCCAGCCCUUGGUGGGCUACCAGAACCAGCACAGCUUCUCUGCUGUGCAGCCUGGGAGUGCGGGGCAGAGCCUGCCAAGCCCUCUGCCCACCCCACCACCCAGCCAGCCCGUGACACUGCCUGGCCCCGUGCAGAAUGUGGCACCCCAGCAGCUCCUGGCGCCCGCCGCCCCCACCACCCAGUCUGUGUCGCCGCAGAUCCAGUCAGUGCCGGUUCUCCUGCAGCCCCAUUUCAUCAAGGCUGACUCCCUGCUGCUGACGGCCGUCAAGACGGACGCCAGCAGCGCCAAGACUUCCACCAUCGCCUCCCUGGCCACCAGUGCCAGCGGCUCUGCCACCCCGCUCCAGGUGCCGGCGCUGGUGAGCGGAGGGACCAUCCUGGCCACGGUGCCGCUGGUGGUGGACGCGGAGAAGCUGCCCAUCAACCGGCUGGCGCCCAGCGGGAAGCCGGCGCUGGUGCAGAGCCGGGGCGAGAAGCGCACGGCCCACAACGCCAUCGAGAAGCGCUACCGCUCCUCCAUCAACGACAAGAUCGUGGAGCUCAAGGACCUGGUGGUGGGCACCGAGGCCAAGCUCAACAAGUCUGCGAUCCUGAGGAAGGCCAUCGAGUACAUCCGCUUCCUGCAGCAGAGCAACCAGAAGCUGAAGCAGGAGAACCUCGCCCUGAAGAUGGCCAUGCAGAAGAACCAGCCUGUGAAGGAGCUGGGCACCCACUGCAGCCGGAGCACCAAGGCAGAGGCCCCCAUGGAGGUGGUGAAGGCGGAGGUGAUGGAGAUGCUGACACCGCCGCCCUCAGACGUGGGCUCGCCGUCCCACAGCAGCCCGCUCUCGCUCAGCGGUGGCAGCAGCAACAGCAGCAGUGACUCGGAGCCCGACAGCCCCCUCUGUGCCCAUGGCAAGGUGAAGCAGGAGAACCCGCCGCCCUCGCCCAGCAGCCAGGGAAUGCUGGACCGCUCCCGCAUGGCCCUCUGCACCUUUGUCUUCCUCUGCCUCUCCUUCAACCCCCUGGCCUCCCUCCUCCGGGGUUCUGGCUCCCCAGCCCCCUUGGGGAGCCAGGACACCGCUGGUCCCAGCAGGAGCAUCAUGGCUGAGUCUGGCACUUUGGAGGACCCGUGGGGGUGGACGCAGUGGCUGUGGCCCACACUGGCCUUCUGGGCACUGAACGUGGCGCUGGUGCUGGGUGCGGUGGUGCGGCUCUUCGUCUGCGGGGAGCCCGUCACUCGCCCCCACUCCGAGCCCUCCAUCCUCUUCUGGCGGCACCGCCGGCAGGCCGACCUCGACCUCGACCGGGGAGACUUCGCGCAGGGGGCCCAGCACCUGCGGACGGCGCUCGGGGCGCUGGGGCGGCCGCUGCCGGCGUCGCACGGGGACCUGGCCUGCAGCCUGCUCUGGACGCUGCUGCGCCACCUGCUCCAGCGCCUCUGGGUGGGCCGCUGGCUGGCUGCUCGCGCCGGGGGGCUGCGCCCGGACCCCCCGCCCCCUGCCCACGUCCGCCAGAGCGCCCGCGACGCUGCCAUGGCUUAUCACCGCCUGCACCAGCUCCACCUCGCCGGGAAGCAGGCUGGGGGACAUCUGCUAGCCAUCAACCUGGCACUGAGCGCUGUCAACCUGGCUGAGUGCGCCGGUGACGCCAUCUCCGUGGCAGCGCUGGCCGAGAUCUAUGUGGCGGCUGCCCUGCGGAUCAAGGCCAGCCUGCACCGCUGCUUCCACUUCCUGGCGCGCCCCUUCCUCUGCAGCGCUCGGCGCGUGGCCCUGUCCCACGGUGGGGCCGUGCCCCCCGCCAUGCAGUGGCUCUGCCACCCCUUGGGCCAUCGCUUCUUUGUUGACGGGGACUGGGCGGUCAAGGGUGUCCCCAGGGAAACCAUCUACAGCUCCGCCGGCAACCCAGUGGACCCGCUGGCACAGGUGACCCAGCUCUUCCGUGAGCACCUCCUGGAGAAGGCGCUGUGCUGCGUGGCCAUGCCUGAGCCCGGCCGUCCCACUGCCCAGGGAGAGGGCCGGUUCUCCGACGCCCUCGAGUACCUCCAGCUGCUCAACGGCUGCUCGGAUGUCAGUGGCACACCUGGCCCCACACCCUCCAUCACCUCCGGCUUGGCGGCUGUCACAGGCACUGACCCCGUGUCCAAGUGGUGGGCGUCCUUCAUUGGCAUCGUUAUCCACUGGCUGCAGGGAGAUGAGGAGGGGGCUGAGCGCCUCUACCCGCUGGUGGAGACCAUGCCCCGGGCACUGCAGAGCUCUGAGAAGCCCCUUCCCCGUGCUGCCCUGCACUCUUUCCGAGCUGUCCGUGCCUUGCUGAGCAAACAGGACGGGAGCCAGGCCACCCUGGGCCACUGUGAGAAGGCCAGCAGCUGCCUGCGGGAGAGCCUGGAGCUGGGCAGCCCCCCCAAGGGCACCAUCGACAAGGCGGUCCAGCUCCUGCUCUGCGACCUGCUGCUGGUCACCCGCACCAACCUGUGGCAGCAGCAGAUGGGGGCGAGCCAGCAGCGCAGCUGCCUCUACCAGGCCUCCGCCCUGGAGCUCCGCGGCUUCCAGCAGGACCUCAGCAGCCUGCGGCGCCUGGCACAGACCCUGCGCCCCGCCAUGCGCCGGGUGUUCCUGCACGAAGCCACUGCGAGGCUGAUGGCCCGGGCCAGUCCCACACGCACCCACCAGCUGCUGGACCGCAGCCUGCGCAGGAGAGGGGUGCAGGGCAGCAAAACAGCUGGCGAGCCAGAAAGCCACCCCAGCCCGCGGGAACAGGCCGAGGCGCUGCUGCUGGCCUGCUGCUACCUCCCACCCAGCUUCCUGGCGGGCCCGGGCCAGCGCGUGGGCAUGCUGGCCGAGGCCGCCCGCACGCUGGACAAGCUGGGCGACCGCCGGACGCUGCACGACUGCCAGCAGAUGAUCAUCAAGCUGGGCAGCGGCACCACCGUCACGUCGGGAUAG